CUCCAUUAGUCACAGCUUUGAAUUUAGCACAAAGCAAGCAUGUCUCUGUGUAUUCAACUUCCAGCUCAGCUCACACCCAAAGCUCAGGCUAUUCUUCUCCCACCUAGCAGCUAGGGGAGUGGGGAGGGCACAGAGCGACUUCUCUGGUUAAGCUAAUUGUGGUGCUUAGUCAGCCAAAGCCAAAGGGACUGGUCUGGAAAGCUUGCCAUUAUAAAGUCUACCCAUCCACAGGAACACAGAUUUGGAAGGGGUACAGGAUAUAAUCCAAACUGACCCCCCAAAUUCAUAACAAUAUUCUGACAUCAAAACCCCAGCAGAGGUCCCAUAACCUGCAACAAGUCAGGAGCAAAACAAGGGACACACGGAGUUUAUAUGUUGUACGUUUCUAUGUGUGGGGUUUUAUGGGGAAGGGGAUUGCAAACAGUGACUUCAGAAAAGCACAGGGUGAUAUUUACCUUAACAGUGGACCUUUAAAAAACCAAAAGUAGUUAUUAAAAAUACAUUUUGGUAUUGGACAUUUUUCAUACAUAAUGUGAAAAAAGCCUUUUGUAUCAAUUCACUGCACAAGUGAAAGCCACAAGCCUCUGGUGCAGACCAGCAGUUUCAAAUUGCAGCCCCCCCCCUUGUUCCAGCAAAGCCACCUGAAGGGCAGUUGUUCAAUCCAGAAAGAACCAAGAGAUUGAUUAUUAUAUAUUGAAAAUAAAAGAUAAAAACAGCCAGGUAACUUCUAAGAAGGACGAGUUGUUGGACUGAACCUGUUUGAUGGCUGUGGGCCUGGCACACUACGGGGGGGGGUGCGCUUUGGGCAGGCUUCGCAUCUAUGCCGUGAGCUGGCCAGGCCCUCCCUCCGGAGCCGGUGUCACUCAUUCGCCGGCACUGGGCGGGCUGCCCGCCGGCCAACCCCAGCAUCUCACAGCCCCCGAAGGGAGCGCGGAAGCGGCAAGGGAAACAGUGCAGCCAGGGGGGCUGCUUCUCCCGCCAGCUCUUCCGGGCACCUGUUCGGGGCGCCGGCCGGAGAGAGGCGCGCUGCUGCUGCUGCUGCUGAAAGGCAGCUCCGGGGAAGGCGGCUCCGGCUCGCCCCUGGAUGAAGAGCAGCCGGGCGCCGCGCAGGUGCGCAGCGUGGGGCGGCCCCCCGGCGCCCCCUUUCCGAGCCCUCCCUCUCCUCGCCCCGCUCUCCCGAUGACGCCGAGGGGCCGGAGGGGCCGCCGCUCGCUCCCCCCGGAGCUGCUGGUCUACUGCCUGGUCUUCGGCUUCUCCUUCCCCCUGAUGGUCCUGAUGCUGCUGCUCUGAGGAGGAUGCAGCUGGAGCCCCCCGGACCCCUCGGCGGCGGCGGCGGCAGGCGGGAAACGCUCGGCUUGGCCGCCCCGGGGCUGCGUGACGGCGGCCUGGUCGCUCUCGCGGGUGGGGAGAGGGGCAAGAUGAGCAGGCGGGCUCUGGGGCUGCCCUCCGGCCUUCUCCGCCCGGCCCGUUCCUGAAGGACUGAUCCGGAGGGGGAGCUUGCGGCCCUCGCCCUCCUUCGACGGGACUCGCAGCCCAGGGAGGAGGCGGCGGCGGCGGGGGCGCCCCUGCCCCGAGACCCCCGGGCCCGGCUGAGCCCCCGCCUCUGGCGCCUCUCUGGCGCCUCCUCCCUCGGGGCCGCGCGGGGCGGGCGCGUCCCCGCGAUGGGCGAGGGCAUGUCCAAGAGGCUGAAGGUGCAGCUGGGCGGCGAGGCGGAGAUGGAGGAGCGGGCCUUCGCCAACCCUUUCCCGGACUUCCAGCCCCACGGCGCCGCCGCCGCCUCGGCCAGCGGAGCCCCGCCGUCGCCCAGCGGCUCCGAGGAGGGGAAGCGCGCCCGCCCGCCCUCGCCCGGCGGAGACGGAGACCCCCCGCUCUUCGAGGCCGACGGCAAGGUGAGGGCGGGGGGGCUGGGGCGGGGCUGGGGCGCGACACCCCCGGCUGCCAGGGGCGCGGGGGGGCAGCGUCGUCUUCCCGGAAGGCUGCGCAGGGGAAACGGCCACGUGUAAAUACAGAGAUGGGUCCAGAGUGAGAGCAAAAGAAUUGCCGCCUAACCUCUUAUUAUUAUUAUUAUUAUUAUUAUUAUUCGUGCCCGCCUUCCCUCCCGCCCCCAACUCCUCGCUUCGCCUUCCCGCUUCCUUUCCCCUCCCCCCGCCCGGCUCCUCGGGGCCUCGGGGCCUUUUUCCCUCGCGGAAGUUGCGAAGAGUCGGCCGGAGGGAAGUGGCGGAGCUGUCGGGGUCGCUGAGGAGUUUUACGCGAGGCUGCCGGGUUGGUGGGUCUUUCGUGCCCCUUUGGCGGCCGCCUCGCGAAGCAGCAGCAGGCCGGCUUAGUAGGGACUUGGGGGGCUGCGCCCGCCGCCUCUGCUGGGCCUCCGCCGGCCUCGGGGGGCUGAGAGGUCUCCGUGGAAAGCAGUGGCCUCACGCAGAAAACUAGCCCAACCGGGUCUCUGAAUAGAAGCUGCUUUUCUGCAUUUUUCUUUUAAAUGUGCUUGGGGGUGUUAUUGAUCUGCUCUGCUUCGUUCUUGUUUGUAUUUUGUGGUUUUUAUUCCGUGUUUGUAUACUGUGAAUAGCACUGAGAUCUUUGAUUUAAUACAUAGAAAAUAAUAAAUUUGUAUGGAGGAGCAUCCUAUCAAGUGAGGCUCUUGCCCACAGCCUGAAUUGUCUCCACCCUGUCACAGGCUUGUUAAAUUUGAGACUCGAAGGAAGAAUAUGGUGACAUGUAGAAUUGGGAAAGGUUGCAACAAUAUGGUAAUAAGGCGAUAGUAUUCAUUCUGUAGUAUUUCAGGAGCUGGGGGCAAAUAUAACUGCUCACUCGCUGUGUGAUUCCCUACACAUGUCUGCUCAGAAGCAAUUCCUGCUGGGCUGACAAAGUUAGGCAGUGAGGCUGUUCCCCCACAGUGCUGUGUUUUAGGUUGUGUUUCAACACAUGGUGUGAUGGUGAUAGGUAGCAUAUAUGCACCCAAUGUGUGUUACGUGUUGGGUUUUUCUACUAUGAUUACCAGUGCUAAGAGACUGAGAUAGAAAAUCUAUUCACCACAUGGCUCCUGGAACCUGGGUUGCAGGUGCUAAAACAGAAUGGCUAAUUGCCAUGGGGGGGGGCAAUGCAGCAGCACUUUCUACUCUUUUUUUCGAAACUCAUGAACUAAUACACAAUUCAUAUCAGUGACACGUUGUUAAUAUCACAUUUUUAAUAGCAAUUCUUAAUUGGACACCACAAACCUCAACCUCAGCAAUAGUGGGCAACCAUAAGUAUUUAUAAAUACUGGUAUAUAUCACUGAAACUAUGAUCACACAAUAUUGAUAUUACAUACACACAUGCAGUGAUGCUGUUGCAUCUGGAACAUGAGACUCUUAAACCUCAGGGUUGUGGGUUUGAGCCCCACGUUGGGCAAAAGAUUCCUGCAUUGCAGGGCGUUUGACUAGGUGAUCCUCAGGGUCCGUCCAACUCUACCAUUCUAUGAUUCUAAGAGGGAGCAUUCCUCAAUAGAAAGGAAAAUGUACAAGAUAGCACACACUCUCAUUUCACAGAAAUCACUUAGAAGUUAACAGCAUGGCUUGUCCACUGUUCCUUGUCUCCCGUCUUCCGCUCCUCCUCAUUUCCAGUCUUCCUCCAGCUGCCAUUCACUCUCAGGAUGGCACAGGCUGCACAGAAGCUGGUGAUGCUGUCCCCACCAAAGGGCCCAAGCUCAUUUUUGCUGCUACCACUUACUCAAAGCUUCACCUGGCCACAUUUUGGUACUAUGCUAAAGUUGAAUUGGUUCCCCCAACUCCUGCUGAAAUUCCUAAGGCUAUGGAUGGCAUGAAAGGAUUGCUGACGACCUGGCAGUCUGGCCGCUAACCAUCAAGGAAGCUGUAAGGAACAGCUUGGUGGCUACUGAAGUGGUAAUGUGGUUUUACAUCUGCGAAAUCAUAGGCAAACGUGGCCUGGUUGGCUGCAGUGUUUAAAAGUCUUUUUAGCCCUAAUUCAGUGUCUUAAUACCAAGAUGAAAUUUUGGUGGUCUCUACAAAUAUCGUUCAAUUUGAGGCAAAAUCAGAUGAUGGUGAUGUGAACGGCAACAAGGGUUGCUAAAUUACUAUUCAAAUAAACGCUGUACAAAGAAAAAAAGUUACCAGCACAUUUUGCCCCAUAACUUCCUUUCUAGGAAGGCUGAGAUGGACUUCUUUUUUAAAAAAGAAAGCUCAGUCUGGAGCACCUCCCCAGGGUCACUGGCAAAAGCUUUAGCAACCAUGGGCAGAGCCAGGAUUUUUGUUAAGCAGGAGGGGGAGCUUUUUUUAAGGAAAUCAAAGUUGUUCAGCUUUUCUUGGGAAAUCAUAGGUAAAAAUACCUGUCCCUUGAAUAGGACAUGGGGGGGGGGGGAGGUUUCUGCUGAGGGGGAAAGCUUCAGAUAAUUGAGUACUUUCGAUACCCCCCCCCCCAGCUACACCCAUGCAAGCAACCCCUGGAGCAUGGGGUUGUAGCCAAAUAGUUAUGAAAGUGACCUCAGGUGGUGUAAGUUGCUCAAAGCCAGCUAAAUUUUUCAAUGGUGCUAUAUUCUUUCCCCCAAACAAUAGCUAAAAGUGCCGCAUGGCGGUGCUGUAGAACAGAGGCUCCCAAACUUACCGUAUUUGGCCUACCAAAUAAAAAAGUACUCUGUGUCCCCCUGGAAAUAAGACACCUUGAAACUUGAAAUUACAACAUUUUUUAUUAAAAUCAACAAUGGUAACAUUUGCAUUACACACAGAAAAUUAAGAUAAAGAAGGAUAUUAGAAUAAAAAUUAAGAAUAACAUUAAAAAUAAUCAUAAUGAGAUCAUAAUGAGAAGGAUGAACCUUUAACUUUAUGCUUUGUGUAAGCAUCAUUGCAUGUUUCAUUGGUGAAGUGCUCCUUAGUGGGUGCAGCACACACAUUUUAAAAACCUGCUGUUCUGUGCAAGUCUCGUAUAUAUCAGAAUUUUUUUUAAAAAAAAAUACUGGUCUCACGCACAGGUAAACAAAUACCUGCGCAGAUCACUGCAGUGAACCUCUGGGUUCUUGAAGUAGUAAUAGAAUUGGAAGGGACAGCAACACACUGCAAAUACAUCCCAUCAAGCACUGCCCACGUUGUGGUUGGGAAACACUUGAGAGAGGGAGGCAGUUUGUCUGAAAGUGCUUGUGUGUGCAAAAAAGUGUACAGGGCAAAUUAAAUUCUGUGCUGUGUAUGUGCCCAUUUAUACGCUGGUGUGUACAGGGCCUUAGUCCUUCUCAUUUACAGUAAGGAAGAAUGUUUUAGAAGAAAGACUCUUGCCAACUGUUUCUAGUUCUGGAAGGCAGAACUCUGGGCUUGCAGAACCUGCAACCUGCCAGCCCAAACACAGCCCUCUGGCCACACCGGCCACCAAGGCCUCUAAACCUCCAGAUUAUGGCUGCCACCUUGGGAUUUUUAAACAGACCGCAGUACCUGCUUGGACUCCCUGGUUGGAUGACAAAUUCUGCAGGUCUUAAUCUGAAACUAACUUUGGGGUGGCAGAAGAAAAGAAAAGAAAACUAAAUACUUGAAUAACAACUAACCCCCCUAACAGCUUCUCGGGUGUAGGUGGGGAAGCUGUUGGGGCCCUGGCCUCUUGGCAGGACCCACCACUGUGCUGACACCUUUCCUGAGCCAUUUAAAUUGUCUCUUGCAUGCGGUGUUACUAUAGCCGAGCAAGGAAACAGUGCAGCUGCUGCCACCUGUCACUGCACCAGUUGAGGCAACUGGGACUCAGUUGAGGUCAUUUGGGAAAAGGCUCCCUUGAAACUUGCAGCCACCCUUGCCUAGGUUCUUGAAGUUACUGUUCAAGGUCAGUGCUUGGAGUGGUUUUGGAAGGGAUAUGACAAGCAUUUUCGCCCACAGGGAGGUGUGCAGGUUUUUGUUGAAGGAGAUAUCAAUGCUCCAUUUUGAAUGCUACUGGUGAGCUUAAGAGACACAAAGAACACAAUGCAUUUGUCACAGUGCCAUACAUUUUGGCUCAGCUGUGAGGCCAUUGCCUAUGACAGCCUUUCUCAACCUUGGGUCCCCAGAUGUUGUUGGCUUGGCACUCAGUCUGUCAUUGCCUUACUCCAGCUGCCCAUAGUUGGAUAAGCAAGCCAGUCAUCCAAUGGCUGGAUGAGAAAUGCUGCUCUUCCCUGUAUCUGAAGCCAUUGCUUGACUUAAUCACAUCACUAGAGCAGCACAGGAUCAUAAUGUUUUGACAGCCUCAAAUUGAGUCACAAUGUUAUGAUAGGUGACUGAAGAGCAUAAUCAAGAGCUGCCUUCAAACCCUGAUGAUUCCGCCCCCCCCCAAAAAAAACCCAAACAAGCAACAGAAUGGACUUCGCAGACUUAGGUCUAAUUAAUUAAUGAACCCUAACUAAUUGUUUGUAUGUGUCAUGUUUGUGGGUUGCAUUGCACACUCCAUGUAAUUAAGGUUUAUUUUAGACUUUGAUUCCCUGGUGCCAACUGAAGCCUAAUGAUAUUUAAUGGCAAGCAUUGCCAGUUAGUGGGAAUAGUUAAUGAGGGCAUCUUCAGAUGAUUUAGUGAUGUUUGGCUGCUUUGUGGCCACUUGAGACUUGCUUGUAGUUCACAUUUACGGGAAACGUAUUUAGAGUUACCUUUUUGAUAAAUCACGUGGUGUGGUUUAAAUGGCAUCAUACUUUAGGCAUAACAGUUUAUAAACUUUCACAACAGGAACUCUUCACUGUCUUGUGGAACAUCUUUAUGCCAUUGAUUGGCAGAUCAGAUCAAUAAUUUUGUGUAUUGUUUCCAGCAGUAUUUAUUUAUGUAUUGUGUCUGUGUACAGUACUAUCCUUGCGCUAUGAAGUUCAGGCGGUGUUAUUUAGGGUUACCCCAUCCUAUCCAUACAAGCCAGUGGGGUAGAUUGAACUGAGAAACAGUAACUGGCUGAAAAGCAUCCGUGGUGCUUCAUGGCUAUGCAUGGAUUCCUCUUGCAACAGUGACACACUGACUCUCCACUCUGAUGUCAUCAGGGCUAUCUGUUGAUGGUCAAAAUGGAUGAAUCCUGCAACGCAUUGGUGAUGGCCCCAAUAAUAUCCCUGCAGAACUGCAUCUAGAGCCACUUCCUUGCAGUUUCCGGAAACAGUUGAAGAUAAAUUUGUUCUGAUAGGCAUUCCCAGCUGGAGAAACGGGUCUUUCCCAAAAAUGUCCACUUGUUGGGGUUUUAUCCUUGUCUUAUUUGUGUGUGUGUGUGUUUGUAUGUGUGUGUUUUGAUUAUCUUAAGUGUAAAUUUAGAAGGUGAAUAAUAAAUCAGUUGUGCUUGUGAUGAUGACAAUAAUUCUAUUGGUUGCGGAACACAUGCCUCUUGAACCUGGGCUUUUAAAACUGAUGCAUUCAUUUUUGGUGUCCUCUCAGUAAUGUGUUAUAUGGAAUUACUGUUUUUUGGGUUAUGGGUGGGGUUGUUGUUUGUUGAUUUGCUUGUUUUUAUGUGCUGUAACAACAAGUUAGGUGUAGCUCAUAGAAUAGUCCAUUUUCUGAUAAUGGGCUUCUUGAUCAGGGAAGCUCUUCCAAAAUGGAACAUAGUUUGUUCUUUGUCUCUUGAGUCCAUAGAUGACUUAACAAAUAUAUAGCAGUAGUCUGGCUAGUAAAACUUCUCAUGGCUAGAACAUCUGUGGGCCCAUAUUCAUGACUGAGACAACUGUACAAUGUGAAUUAACCUGGUUAAUUGUGUUUUGUUAAAAAGAAGGCUUUUAAUUUUCCUGCAUCAUUCCAUACCUAACUUCCUUAUUAGACAUCUUGCCAACGUCCACCCUAAUGACAUAAUUAUGCAAGUGAAGUUAUGAUUAGUUCUGUAUGAAUGAAAAUGGGUUCUUUGUGAGCUUCCCCAGUCUUGUGAUGGAAUUUCAUUUCAGUCACUCUUUACUCUUCUUGCUGAUUGAAUGAUCUUCUAUUAAAACCUGAUAUAUAACCAAAUGAAGCUAGUAUUUGGUGAAAUUUUAGAACUUGACUCCACACAAACCAGAAUAUUUCUGCUUGAUUUUAAUUAAUCUGCAGCUGACCCAACUCACUUGCCUACAUCAGUAGCAUUUUACAGGCACCUGGCUUACAUUUAGGGAGAGCAAUGGUUAACAGCUUUGGGACAGCAUGGCCUAUGAUUGUGUGGAGGCAACUGUGCCUUCCCCUGUCUUCCCAACUGCAGCCCUGUUACCUCCUCAUUUUGCAGGAGAGAGGUAAACAAUUGGUUCAGGGGACCUGCACUCUCUCUUCACCGCCCCAUAACCAAAGUAGACCCAGCACUAGGAUGGGUGGAAAGGCUUAAACCUCUGUCCAGCCUGGUACCCUGAUGGGAUUUAAAUUAUUAAAUUGCCCUUCCACAAUCAAAUCAUUUCAUGGGUGGGGAGUAGGGGCAGAUCUGAGGUGGGAGAUGGGGAUGGUGGUGGCCACACCCAUGCGUGGCCUGUAACUACCAGAGGGUUGGCCAGGGCAAAUGAGGCUCUCAGGCCAAAAAUGGUUGGCCCCACUGCUCUAGAGAAGUGAAUGGAGUUAGUCCUUUCCCAAUGGAAGAAGGGAAAUAGGCACCAAUCAGGAUAACUCUUAAAGAGGAAACACGUGCAUACCUACAUGCACACCAUGCUCAGCAUCUAGGAAGAGUUGUAUUUUCCUGUAGGUGAGCAAAAUAGCUUGAGGUGGCCCUGUUUAUGCACAAACGUGUGUUGAACAGCCUUAAUUAGCUGUUUAGGAGUUUUGUUGGUUUUUAAAUGAUCUUUCCCCCACCCCUACAGAUCUGCCCUUAUUUCAGUAAAAGGAUCACAACUAAAAUUAAGGAUCUGCUGCAGCAAAUGGAAGAAGGGCUGAAGACUGCAGAUCCUCAUGACUGCUCUGCAUAUACUGGCUGGACAGGUGAGGUACCCAAACUUCUUGACAAAGUUCAUGGAAUUACUUUUGGAGUUGAAUUGUUAAGAUCCUCGCAGAUACAACAGCUUACUUUGUGAUCUAGUGCUGGGUUCUAGGUUCAGGCUUCGUUUCCAUUGAUAUUCCAUUGAUAAGUAUAUUCACGUCAUUUUAGUCUGCUUUUCCAUGAAACCACAUUCAGAAUGUUUGACAGCAUUAUAGGGCUGGCAUGUACUCCCACUUUCAACCCAGUUGCUCUCUGGAGGUAGAAAGUGAAGACCAUCUUGCUACAGGUUUCUUCCUGCUUACUUUCCCACUUAGAGCCAUUAACAAUUAGUUGGCCAGGAAAGCUCUUCCUUGGUCACCUAAGAAAACUAUUAAUCCUGUUUUCCAAAUUCUUAAAAUAAAAAAACGCACCACCACCAAUUACUACUGUUUUGAGCACAGCCUGGCCUGCUUCUGUGAAGUGUGUGGUCUGGUCUGGUGCCGCUUGUAGUUUUCAAUUUACCCAACACUUUCUACCAUUAUUUGUAUGCUUAUGGGGGUGGUUUGAAAAGGUUAACUGGUGGAUUGACCCAUUUGGAUGAGAUGAUUGGUGGAUUGAGCCUUUUAAUUAGGCAGUGUGUAUGUCACUAUUUUGUAAUCUAAACAACAGAAUGCUAUAUUGGGCAUAGAAUUCAAUCUCCUAUUAAUUCUUGCUUUCGUAUUUUUAUUUUUUGAAAAUGCAAGUUUGUAGUCCAUAUGGCAGCAACAAUUUUUUUUAUUUAUUGAAUGUGUUAGUCGCUUUAUCUUGCCCAGAGCAACCCAAUGUGACUUACAGCCAACCAUACAAACAGGCAAAAAAAUCACAUAUAGAUACAUUAAAACCAAGAGGAGAAAGAAAUAUGUUAAACAAACAUGCUGCCCACUUGUAAAAGGACACACAAAGCUAAAGACCAAAGACCUGGUUAUAGAGGAAAGUUUUUGCCUGCCAGGUAAACCCUCUCUGGGUAGAGUAUGUGGCUACUAAAAUCUCAGGAGCCAGAUGGUGGUUGAAUAAGAUGUACAGUGGUCCAGGAUUUUUGUGCUCUGCAUAGCUCAUUAUUCCUCCCCAUGAUGUACAAACUGGAAUAAAUAACUCAGAAUUGUAAAAAUAGCCAUCAUGAAAUAUGUAAAGUAGAUGAUGCAGAUUUGCUUAAUUUGUAUAGUUAUUCAGGUUGCAGAACACAGCUUUUUUUGGGGGGGGGUCAGUGAAUUUGUACUGCCUGUGUGCAAAAUUUGUUAAUUUGCACUAAGUGUACAUAGAUGUGGAUACUUCUUCAUUCCAAUUCUGUGCUUAUGGCAUAUUGCAAUCAAGGUGGACUUCAACUGAUACAUGCAUUAUCCUAUUCUAUAAUAGAUGUUUGCACCGCAUGCUCCCCAGGUUCCUUCCAGCUUUGUUGCUAAGAAGAAUUAAAUAUGAAAGAGGAUUAUUGGCCCACAUUCAGUUCUGGAAAUGGGAGUUCAGUAUUUUUCCUCUUUUCUUCUUAAUGGCUCUUGGAAGGAUUCAGAAUGUUCUGGGCAGAUGGUUCUGUAGGAGGAGAAAUAACAAAAAGGUGACAUUUGUGAUUGGUUUGUUUUAAAAACCUAAAAAUGGGGGCAGCUGUGUGGCACUAAAGGUUGUUGUUUUUUUUAAUGCCGCCUCUCACUUGCUGUUUCUUUAGAAGCAGAACAGAAUUCUGACACUGGGAUUGACAGAAUUAAUUGCUAAUUCACACUAGGGCAAUUAAAACAAAUCAACCUUCCACUUAAAAUAGCAAUACAGAUGGAUGAGUAAUAUCAGUUCCAUGGAGAAUGGCUUGGGCUUUAUUCAGGAAUGCUCAAAUAUGACAGAAAAAUAAGUUUUAGAACUAUUUUUGUGUUUGUUAAAUAUAAAAACAGCUGUAUAUGUUUUAUUUUUUCCACACAUUUCUUUCCUGCCUUUCCUUGAAGAAGUUCAUAGUGACAUAUAUGCUUAUCCAAUGUAUAGUCACAACCAUCUUAUAAGAUUGUAUAAGAUAAGAGGGAGACUACGCUAGUGAGCUUCAUAGCAGAAUGAGGAUUUGAACCCGUUCCUCUGGUCAAGAUCCAACACUCAGGCUCAUAUCACGCAACCCUCUAAUUUAAUCCUAAGAAAAAAGUUUUCAUUUCCCCCCAACAGAGACAAUGUAAUUCAGCAAGAUUCAGUAUUCACCUCUGCUGCAUUUCUUCUAUUAUACAAGAUGCAAAACAAUUAUUAUUGAAGUACAGUGGUACCUUGGUUCUCAAACUUAAUCCAUCCCGGAAGUCCAUUCCAAAACCAAAGCAUUCCAAAACCGAGGUGCGCUUUCCCAUAAAAAGUAAUGCAAAAUGGAUUAAUCCAUUCCAGACUUUUAAAAACAAGCCCUAAAACAGGAAUUUAACAGGAAUUUUACUAACGAGACCAUUGAUCCAUAAAAUGAAAUCAAUAAACAAUGUACUUCAGUCAUACAAUCAAUCAGUAGCUGAACUGGGUUCCACACAGUUACAAAAAAACAAAAACAAAAAAGAGUCACAAAAACGCAAAAUAAAUAGCAAAAACAGACAGACCUCAGCGUAACACUCAAAACAGAAGUGUGGCACUCAAAAUGGAGUACGUUCGGCUUCCAAAAAAUGUUCGCAAACCAGAACACUUACUUCCAGGUUUGCAGUUGUUUGAGUACCAAGGCGUUUGAGAAGCAGGGUACCACUGUAAUCUUCAAAGGGUGAGAAAGAGGGAUGGACAUUGAGAUUGUUAUAUAAAUCAUUCAAAGUUCACAAUGUCAUACAAUAUAUUUUGCCUAUUAGACUCUGUCUUACCAGGCUGGGGGCGAAACAUGUGGGCAGGGGCAGAAAUCCCUCACUGUAUCUGUGUCUGGCCCCCUGAACUUUUUCUCCCUCACUGGCUCUCCUUCACAUCCAAAGUGUUUUUGCCUGGCUGGAAUCUGUCUUGCUUGAGCUCUGAUAAUGCCUCUUGCUUGUCUAGACUCUAGAUGGAGGAUGGAGGGGCAGGGCUUAUUUCUAGAAGCUAGCCUACUGUAUAAUUGUAAAAUUUACAUUGUUGCUCUACCCACUUUUGCCUCUGGCUCCACCAACUACUGGCAAAUGGCUCUUGGAAGGUAGACCGGAAGGAAAAAUGACUCUCUGACUAAAAAAGGGAAUGAUGUAUCUCAACCAAGGAAGAGGAGAGGCAAGGAGGGGAGGCAAAGAGCUAAAUCAAAGCCCUUGUUCCUUCUGCUCCACCUGCUAUAUUCCAGAAUCUGGGGUUGAUGGUCAGCCAACCAUCGGGGGUGUGUGUGUUGAAAUGCCAGGUCUGGCCAGAAAAAAAUAUUUUCCAUGAUUUGAUUGUAGAUGAGGGAGGCAACUUUGGGUGUAAAACUGAGACCUGAGCAGAUGAGCGCAGUGGUCUGUGCUAACCCAGCUGUGUCUGCCCAGGUGCAGCACCAAUUCAGGUCAGAGGAGCAGGUGGUGGUUGGUUGCCAUCCAUCUCCCUUGCCAGGAGACCAGUCUGCACUGUCUGGGUUUGAGGGGUUGUCGGCCUUUGUAGUUGGGAUUGACAGAAUUGUGAUUUGAUCAAGUGUAUUAGUUGAACACUCUGAACUAUUUGAUUCUCUAAUAUAUUGUACUGAUGGUUUUCAUGUAGUAUUUUAACAAUUGUGACUCUUGCUGAUAUCACUCUGUGAUUGGGGGCAGAAUACAAAACGUAGAAAUAAAUAAAUGGUCAGACCUGGUUGGCACCCUCCCUCCUGACACCCACCUCAUUUAAGUUACUUAUCUGAAUUCAGUGGCACUUGCAUCUCACUGCUCAGGAUGAUCCCAUGUGUCUUUAAUGGGAGUUAUGCAGUAUUAUUUCAUCCCAUAAUUAAGGUUUGUUUAGUGGCCAGCAUAAGUCGGAUCAGGUUAGUCUUUCCCUGGUGAAUCAAGACCACAAGUAGCAGGCUGUGCUCAAGGUGGGCUGUAGAAGCAUCAUUUUCUAUUUCUCUGGGCUUUGAUUUAAGAAGAGAAGGGUGGGAAGAGAAAAGAAAAGGCAAAAAAGGAGAGUGAGACCCAUCUUGUACUUGGUGGCUAAGUGAGUCCUGGUUUCAAAAAGGUAUAAAAAGUCCUGUCAUCAUUUAUUUAUUUUUAAAGGACUAUUGUGACUCUAUGGGUCAGCAAAGGAGAGGGAAUAAGUCCAUUUAAUUUUUCUUCUUUCUGGUGAUUCCAGGGAUAGCCCUUUUGUACCUUCAGCUGUACCGUGUGACGCAAGAACAAAGUCAUCUACAGCGAUCCCUGGAUUAUGUGAAGAGGAUCCUACGCAAUCUGAAUGGAAGAAGGGUUACUUUCCUCUGUGGUGAUGCUGGACCCCUGGCAGUGGGAGCAGUGGUGUACCACAAGCUGAAGAAUGACACUGAAUCCAAGGAAUGUGUGACCAAGUGAGUACCUGCGAUGGGCUGGGGACAGACGCUUAGAGAUAGGCUAAGCAUUCUUCAAUGGGUCAGUAACAGCAGAGCAAAACCCCUCCUUGGGAGACCAGACGAAGGAGCUGGAGAGGAUUAAGUUGGUUUUUCUUAUGGAUAUCUCAGCCUCCAAAGAAAGACUCUUAAUGUGCUGCUGCCAGUUAGCCGCCCUAGCAAUAUAGUAAAAUCAGAGAAUUAACAUAGUAGCUAUCAAACCAGCAUAAAAGCAUUCCAGGUGUUAAAAGUUUAAAAGCCAAAGGAAAUAAAAGGUAUUUGCCAGGUGCUGAAAUAAUAAAUCAGUCUAUUCAUUCUAUGAUACUUUUCCUCAUCAAGUGUUAUUAUUAUUAGUAGCAGUAGUAGUAAAAGGUAAAGGUAAAGGGCCUGCUGACCAUUAGGUCCAGUCAUAGCCGACUCUGGGGUUGCGGCGCUUAUCUCGCUUUAUUUACAGCUUCUGGGUCAUGUGGCCAGCAUGACUAAGCCGCUUCUGGCAAACCAGAUCAGCGCGCGGAAACGCCAUUUACCUUCCCGCCGGAGCGGGACCUAUUUAUCUACUUGCACUUUGACGUGCUUUCGAACUGUUGGUUGGGAGGAGCUGGGACCAAGCAACGGGAGCUCACCCCAUCACGGGGAUUCGAACCGCCGACCUUCUGAUCGGCAAGUCCUAGGCUCUGUGGUUUAACCCACAGCGCCACCCACAUCCCGCCUUAGCUAUAGUAGAAGUCUCUGAAAUCAGGAAUUGGUGUGAAAAUGAGGAAUCAGCCAAUAGUGUUUAUCCCUAUCCCUGAUACAUCUACAGUUGCAAUUGAAAUUAUUCCACCCCCAUUGCAAAUCGGGUUUAUUAUCAAAAUUUACGGACUUUUAGCUGUUUGCAAUGAGCAAAUCAAACAAAAACAAUUGAAAUAGCUCGGUAAAACGAAUGCUUCAAGUGAUUUCCCCAAAUUCAGCUGUGAAAUGCAAGUUAUACUGGUUUCUCCAGUCUCACUAUUGUUCAACCCCUUCAUGGCAAGCAUCUUUUUGCACUUUCAGUUGCAGCUGUAUAGGAGAGAGAAGGUUCACUUUUGUUCGCAGAAGGCAAAGCACCUGCAAAGUAGCAAGUUGCCAUGGUAGGGUUAUAUAUAGGGACUCAGUCAGUUCCCUGCAGCUAGGAGAACUUACUACUGGGCAAGCAGGUGGAGGAUCUUUACAAAAAGAAGAUGCCAUCUCCACCCCACCCACCCGCCAUAGCAUGAGAAAGGAUCCGUCUUGCUUAUUUUGGUUUGGUUUCCUCUGAUACUUCCAUCCCUAGAAAGAAUAACAUUUGAUCCAGAGGCUUCUGGGAUACUUCUCUGCCUUUCUCCUCCCGUUUUGGACAAGGCUCUAGUGACCUUUGGCAUGUUAUAAACACACAAGUGGUUUCUUUUAGCAUUCUUUGCCCUGGCCCUACCUGUUCGCUUUUCCCCAGCAUCCCUUGCUAUACCCAGAGCUCUUGGGGGCUCUGCCCUGCCUACAGCCAUUGCACUGCAGUUUAUAUUUAGAAGUUGCAUCACUCUCCUCCUAAUCCACAGUCUCUGAAAGAUUAAUCUCCGUCAGGGCUUUUUGAUAUGACUGUUUGCAUUUUAAAUGGAACUUUCUUUCCCUGCUGAGAAUAAAAGGCAGGGCGCUGCUUUUUUCACAUUUUGUUUCAACCAGGCUGCUUUGUGGAGUGGGAAGCAGAGAAUAAAAAUGAGAUUAAGGCUAAGAUUCUCGUUUGCUUAAUUGAAAAUAAAUGUCAUUGGAAACAGUUGGGCUUACUUCCUAGGAAGUGGCUGCCAUCCAGAAAGCUGUUGGGGGGGGCAGAUCUCUCUCUCCUUUUUCUGAGCAGCUCCCUUCCCCCUUCUAGGUUGGUGUAUCUUAAGCCACUUUUGAAAUGGAAGUGAUUUGGAGCAGUUUACACUGUGCCUAAGGGAUAGGUGCUGCUAAUUUGAAAGACAGAUAGAUGGCUUCAUUUCUACAUAUUCCUAACUUGAUUUACUCUUACCUUGAUGACUGAAGGCUGAAAUUUGCUUAACAGCAUGGGGGUGGACGGAUUCAUUAAUUCCAUUUGACGGCCUGGAAAUAACUUGUUUCCAGUGCUCAGCGUUAGCUCAGGUAGACAAUCUAGGUGCCACAUGAGGCCUGAAAACUAGGUUAUGGGUGCAAUAACAGAAUGCCUAGGCGCUGCUGUUUUUUGUAUUACAAGAUUACAAAGCUGAAAAUGAAUGAACUCCAGCUAAAACCUUAUCUUUAUUUUUCAUAUGGUCUCGUCCUCAUCAGUAUUCUUUUGUGGGCCCCUUCUUGAGUCUUCAGAGAGUGGCUGGAAGUGGGGAGGCAGAAAAAGGUUCUCCUUUCUUUCCACGCUGCAAACAAGCUCUGGAUUCUCCCUACACCCCCUAUAUAACUUUCUAGCACAACAACUAACACAUAUUACAGGCCUACACAAGUGAUGGAAGAGACACACACUUUGAGUGUACAGUUCGCACUUAAACAUCUUACUUCAGUGCCAUCAUGUGGGGCAAGAUAGCGCCAAGGUAAGACGUGCUUAUCAGAGCUCUGCAUAUUCCCUUUCACUUACAUGACGGGGGUUUGCUUUCCUGGCUCCCCCCACCCCUUUUGUUCUUUUUAAAAUUCCUUUUAUUGCCCAGUCUCAAAUCUUCCAUUCUUGGGUAAAGUGAUUGAGCGGGUGGCUGCGGAACAACUCCAGGCACGCCUGGAGGAUGCGGACCAUUUAGAUCCCUUCCAGUCAGGAUUCAGGCCUCACCAUGGGACUGAAACUGCCUUGGUCGUGCUGGUUGAUGAUCUCCAGUGGGCUAGGGACAAAGGUGAGAGCUGUUUCCUAGUUCUGCUGGGUCUCUCAGCGGCCUUUGAUACCAUCGACCAUAACAUCCUUCUGGACCGUCUAGAGGGAGCUGGGGGCACUUGUUAUACAGUGGUUCCACUCCUUCCUUCUGGGCCAUGUCCAGAAAGUGGUGUUCAGGCCCCUGGGCUCUCACUUAUGGGGUGCCACUGGGUUCUGGCCUCUCCUCCAUUAAAACACUUUCUAUAAUGUUUGUAGUACUGGUUUCCACCAUGGCAUCCCUCCCCCCAACAGCCUUAAAAGCUAUGAUGAAGGUAGAAUUUCAGAGAUUGGCUGGUUAGAGGACAAGGCAGGCUGUAAGGAUAUGGUUGUGCUCUCUGACUGAUGUGUGUGAAGCAUUUGAGAAGGCAAAAAGUAGGAAAUAUGCCACUUCCCCUGGGGGGGGGGGGGCUGUUCACAGAGUUGUCUCAGGAUAAGCAGCAGGAAUCGCACAUGAGUAUGUUUAACUCACGUUAAAUCAUCUUACCACUUCAGAUGUUUCUUGAGCUUCACAGUGGGUUAAAAGUGAUGGGGUCUUUAUCUGCUAUAGGGUAUCGACUGCUGGGUGGGGGCGAGCCUCACUCUCCCCAGCCCUUGCCAGGAUGGGGCUUGCCUCCGGGGGUGGGGAGCGCUGAGUGGGGGCGGGGCUUGCAGCCCUCACUGCCCUCACCGCCAAUGGAUAGGAGAGCACUUGCACCCUGAGUGCGGAUGGGGAUUGGAGGAGAGCACUCGUGCUGAGUGGGGACGGGGCCUAGGUGCAAGACAUCAUGCCCAUACAUCUAAAACUGGUUGCAAUUGGACCAUGGCAAGUUGCAAAACUUGCCUAGUCCUUAGGGAGUUUCAAAUGCUGCUACUGCUGUAUAUAAAGAAUGAGAGGAUAAUAGUCGGGAGCAGGUUGGAAGCAUGUGUGAUGUUGAGUGGCUAGAGGUUGAUACACCUCAUUGAAUCUUACACAGCUGAUUUUUUAUUUCACCAGUCCAGAUAAGACUGGACAAAAAAAUCUGUUUCAAAUAUUGGAGAGACACUACUGAACUAGAUGAACCAAUGGCUUCUUGUGUUCUGGUGGAAUUAUUUUGGCCUCUUUCUCAAAUUAUUUGACCUAGAAAAGCCUAAAUUACCUCAGCUUUAGUUAGCUUUGCAAGCUCACAGUGGUUUUUGCCAGCUCACCUGGCUACAUCAACCUGCUGUGUUAGUUGCAAAAAAGGAGAGCAGAGUCUUUUCUGUGUACAGAAAACUUACUUGCCUGAUCACCUGGAGGCAGUUCCUAUUCACUGUGGCAACCUAUUUACAGGUUUCCCAUACUUGGGAACCCUUCAGUUUUCCCUCCAAUUCUUUCUCAUUCCAGACUUUUGCAGCUCCAGAGAAUGGUCCUUGCCACAGAUUCUGACCUUCCAGAUGAGCUGCUUUAUGGAAGAGCUGGUUACUUGUAUGCCUUGCUUUAUCUGAAUACUGAAAUUGGACCCGAGGCUGUGCCACAGUCUGCUAUCAAGGAGGUAAGAGAGAAGCGCUGUUUUCCAGGCAUUGGUUGUGUACAGAGUUGGUUGUUUGGUGCCUUUUGUAAUGGUUCCCACCUUUUGCCUGCACUUAGCUAUCUCCAUACACAUCCCAUUUGUUGUUUCAAUCUUGCAGAACUGUCUCCUGCCUUCUUUGGGGCUUUCCACAUAAUGCUUUUCUAAAAGCCUACAUUUUCUUCUUAGUGCUAUACAGGCAGUGCUCGAUUUGCAUGGAGGUUACAUUCUGGACCCACGUGCGUAUCAGCAGGGUCCGCAUAAGGCCACCCCAUUCCGCACCUUUUUGUGACAUUUUUGGGUCACUUCUGGGUUUGGCACAAUGUGCAUGGUUGCAGUCACAAACAUAUCGGACACACCUAAAACGGUUGCUCUCUGUACUUGUGCCUGUACUUAUCCAUGACUAGUGGUCCUAUAUCCACGCUUAAUGGAAUGCAGAAGCCCUCUUGAAAGAUAACUGAGUGCUCCUGCAUUUCAGUUGUACAGCAGAGAAGGCAUGCUUGGUCUCUAAUGAAGUAAUAGUAUUUAAGCAGUAGAAAAAACACACCUCUGACACUUUUGCAAGCAGCUCCCACUAAUGCAGUUGCUCCAUGCUGGGGUCCCUUUCACUAGCAAUAAAGCAUUGCUCUUUGAAAUGUAGAAACAGAAAUUCUACCUGGAGGAAGUCUUGAAUACCCUUUGCAACCUAUGCAUUUAUUGCAGGUUUGGGUGACUUUUGGACCUCCAGUGGCCAGGGAGGAUGGGAGUUGUAGUUUAGGAAUAUUUGGAGGACCAAAGGUUCUCCACACCUGAUUUCUUUCAUUUUUCUGGCUGGAACAAGAAGUUCAGAGUAGUCUCUGAAAAGGUUAUUGCAAGACCAACUCCCACUGGUCACAUAAAGAAAUUUGUGAAAUUUUUAGGCUUGCAUAACUCCACUGUUACGGCUUUGGCUACAGAGUGUACCGGCCAGAUGUGAGAUGUUCUCUCAGAAUAAUGGAAUGCCUGUUAUUCUAUCUGUCUGCAUCAGGUGGUGGAUUCCAUCAUUGAAUCAGGUAAAAACUUUUCCAGAGAGGAACGAAAGACAGAACGGUGCCCAUUAUUGUAUCAGUGGCACAGAAAACAAUAUGUUGGUGCAGCCCAUGGCAUGUCUGGGAUCUACUAUAUGCUUAUGCAGGUAAUGAUAGGAGCCAGCUUGGGAAAGGGGGGUUGGGGGUUGGGUGGGUGGGGAGAGAAGGAGACUCUCCUGAGGGCAACAGUGAGAGAAGGGAACUUGUCUUAAGAAGAUAAGAAGCGGCUGCUGGAUCAGGCCAGUGGCCCAUCUAGUCCUGGAUCCUGUUCUCACAGUGGCCAACAGGCAUCAAUUUACACUUAUUUACAUUGUUUAUGUUGAAUUGCACUUGCCAUUUUAUUACCCAUUCAUUCAGGUUGGAGAGCUUGUUUUCACAAUCUCUUCUUGUUUGAAUGACCCUGAACAAUUUAGCAUCAUCGGCAAACUUCACUGCUCACCCCUAAUUCUCAAUUGUUUUUGAACAAGUUAAAUAGCAGAGGUCUCAGUGUUGAUCUUUUUUAAAUAAAAAAUAAAACAAGGUGUUGUUAAAGUUUUUUCAUAAUACAAUAAGAUAAAAGAAACUAAAUAAAAACAAAAACAGAGAAAGAGAAAACACCAAAGGAAAACAAAAAAAGGAGAAGAAAAGAAGAGAGAAUAAGAGAAGAAAAAUAAAUAGAAUUUCCUUUUUUUUUGGUCAGUUUCAUAAAAGAAAUUAAUAAAAAUAUUCACUUUAGAAUAUUUUCAUGCAACUGAUCUACUCUCUGUUAGGCGAUAUUUCCCCAGUCUUCCUGACCCAGAUGUCUCAUAUUAAUCUAUUUUCCUUUUUACACAAAAGUCCAAAAGGCAUUCUCUAACUAUUGUCAGCAAUAGUUUUUCUCUAAUCAACAUACCAACUUUCUCUCCGAUAACUUCAACAACCAUUUCCCAUUGUGAGAUGUACAAGUUCCCUGUCAGUGGGAAAGCUCACGCAUCUCUUGGUAUGGGACAUGCACAAAUGGGCACUUCAGAAGACUUAGUGGCAGGGUAAAAAGAGGAUGCCUGAGUGAGUGUUACUCUCUAUUGGCAACUCCUUGUAACAUGUGAUGCCAACUUCUAAAUAUAUAACAGCCACAGUUGUCUCCCACCUUCACUGCAUCCAGUUAAACAAGGGUAAAAUUAUUUUCCAGAUACAUCAAUGUGAAUGCACAUCAGCAUGGAUUUGUAGUAAUAUGAAAAAAAUUCCUGCUUUUUAUUUUGAAAAAAAUACUGUGUGUUUGUUGUAUAUUUUAGCCAGUGUGCAGUGUGGAUCAAGAGACUUUGAGAGAACUGGUGAAACCAAGCAUUGACUAUGUGCGCCAUAAAAAAUUUCGAUCUGGGAAUUAUCCAUCAUCUUUAAGUAAUGAAACUGACAGGCUGGUGCAUUGGUGCCAUGGUUCCCCAGGAGUCAUCCAUAUGCUCAUGCAAGCAUAUAAGGUAUGUCCUUGUUUAGCUCAAUCAUGAGGCAUGGAAGAAUGCAUACAGUGGUACCUUGGUUCUCAAACUUAAUCCGUUCCUGAAGUCCGUUCCAAAACCAAUUUCUUCCAAAGCCAAGGUGCGCUUUCCUAUAGAAAGUAAUCCAAAACAGUGGUACCUCAGGUUACAUACGCUUCAGGUUACAGACUCCACUAACUCAGAAAUAGUACCUCGGGUUAAGAACUUUGCUUCAGGAUGAGAACAGAAAUCACGUGGUGGCGACACGGCAGCAGCGGGAGGCCCCAUUAACUAAAGUGGUGCUUCAUGUUAAGAACAGUUUCAGAUUAAGAACGUACCUCCGGAACGAAUUAAGUACGUAACCAGAGGUACCACUGUAAUCCGUUCCAGACUUUUAAAAACAACCCCUAAAACAGCAAUUUAACAUGAAUUUUACUAUCUAAUGAGACCAUUGAUCCAUAAAAUGAAAGCAAUAAUCAAUGUACUGUACUAUAAAAUAAAUAAGACCGUAUCGUAGAUGAUAAAAAAUAAUUUAUUUUUUUUCUUACCUGCACUGAUUAUAGUCAUUGUUUGGAUGGGGGGCUUUUAUCAAUUUCCACAAUCACACAAUCAUUCAGUAUCUGAACUGGGUUCCACACAGUCACAAAAACAAAUUAACUGAAAAAGCCUCAAAAACGCAAAAUAAAUCACAAAUACAAAAGCGCCAAACUUAAUCCUUUCUGGAAGUCUGACUUCCGAAAAGUUCGAAAACCAAGGCACAGCUUCUGAUUGGUGCAGGCGCCCUGGAAACAAUAGCUGACAGCCACAUCAGAUGUUUGGAUUCCGAAAAACAUCUGAAAACCGGAAUGCUUACUUCUGGGGUUUCGGCGUUUGCGAACCAAGGUACUACUGUACUUCAAAAUUGAAAGUUAGGUUUCCAAUGGGAACCCAUAGUAUGGGUUGCAUGUUGUCUACACUGCUUCUUAAGACAGAAUUUCUGUACUGCGUGCAUUAAGAAAAUUGUUAGUUCUGUAAGUCCAAGGGGAUUUCUAAGGAGAAAAAAUAUUAAUAGCAACACAAGGUACUUUCCUGAUGCCAUAUGGCAAACUGCUUUUGAAGUUGUGGAAGUUUCAAAAUUACCGUAUUUUUCUGUCUAUAAGAUGUAUAAGGACACCCCCUCCCAUUUUUAGCGACUCAAUUUUAAGAAAAUGAACGGAGAUGGUCCAAAGUUGUUGAGCUUCUCCCCCCAUGCAACUGUGGGCAGGAACACUCCCUAUAUCAUUUCCCACACACAGCGGCAUCGGGGGAAGUUGCGCAACCAGCGGGCAGGUGGGCACGCCAUUCUCCCCCCGCCAUGCCACUAUCCGUGUACUGGAUGACCUCAGUUUUUUGACAUGAUUUUUGAGUCAAAAAACCUCGUCUAAUACAUGGAAAAAUAUGGUAGUAUGUGGUGUGUCACCUGUUCAGAUUUAAAAGUAUGUGUUGCUUGACCCUAAGCAGCUCUUAGGAUCCUUUUGCUUGCCCAGGAGCCCAGAAACAACAUGGCAGGCACCAGCCCUUUUAUUAAAAAUAGCCAGUUCCCAACAGCCUGCUGAAACAAAAAGGUCUUUAUUUGCUGACUGAAGGACAAGGAGGGAGCCAGUCCAUCUUCUCUAGGGAGGGAGGUUCAAAGUUUGGGAGCAGCCACCAAGAAGGCCGUCAUUAAAAAUAGUAUUUUUAGUUCAUUGCUGUGGCUAAACUUGUGUUCACAUUUCUGCAGGUUUUCAAAGAGGAUAAAUAUUUGAAGGACGCAAUAGAAUGUAGUGAUGUCAUUUGGCAGAGAGGAUUGUUGAGGAAAGGCUAUGGCAUCUGCCACGGGACAGCUGGCAAUGGCUACUCCUUCUUAUCCCUCUAUCAUCUCACUCAGGAUAAAAAGUACCUCUAUCGAGCUUGCAAGGUACUCCUUAAUUUUAUUUUCUGAUGCACAUACUGGGUGAUACUCAACGCUAGUUAUACUUAGAAAAAACCCAUUGAUUUCACUGGACCUGCUCCAGAGUAUGACUUAGUUCAGGAGCAUCCGAUUUAGGGUUCCAGCCGUGCUUUUUCCCAGUUACUUUGGCAUUUUAUGCCCACUGAACGAGUUUGCUUCUCAGUGCCCUAUGAUUGUUGAUGGGGGGUUUUAUUUUCUAAGGACGUUCUGCAUUUCUGAAAAUUCUGACACACACACACACACACACACACACACACACACACACACACACCGGUUUGCUGAUACCUCCCUUUUGUGCAUGGAUGCUGCCAUUCUGGCAACAUAAGUAUGCAGGCUUGAGUUUGCUGUUACGGGAGAGUUAUGAGAUAGGGUAGUGAAGCUGACUUCCAGGGUUGAGCUGGCACUCUGCCCAGAUGAGCUGGCAUUCAUGGAAAGAGCCCAUCCCUGGACCAAGACCUAGUGGCUGUUAAGUGGAGGAGCCAUCAGUGAGGUGGGUUUUGUUGGAGCAGUGACAGCACUUCUGUAGAAAACCGUGAAAAUGUUGUUGCUACCAGUGUGACACAGCCUCUUGAACAGAGAUGGUGCAUACAUUAGUUGCUAAGGGAUUUGUUUACCAUCUUUAUCCAAAGCACCAUGGUGCAUCUGCAGCAGCACAACCAGACACCUUCGCCUGCCCCAGCUGCAACAAAACAUUUCUCUUCUGUACCAGUUUGACUCCACACACACACCCCCCAGUGCACUCCUCCAUUAUCUCCCAAGACAAGAAGGAACAAGAAGCUGCUUCAACAUUAAGCACAGUUAUUUAUUUACAAGACAAGCUACUUCUUUUCAAGGUGCUAUCAGUCUUUGUUGAACUGGUUCUGAGCAGGUAUUUCUCCCUCUCUUGAGAGUUUCACGUAGGAAAGGGCUGCUGGUGGGAUUCAUUCCGUGCUCAGGGCUUCUGAGUGCGCUAUGCUCCCGUCUAAUGUAAGCACAUGACUUACAUUGCUACUUAGUAGAUACUAUCUCUUCAUUUCACUGUGUCCAAUGAGAGAGAGAGAGGUCAGUUCUUUGUAAACCUUAAUCACUGCAGAUUGGAUUUUGGAUAAUCUGCACUUGCAAUUUCCUGAAAUUUCAUCAGAAACUUUAUUAGGGCUGAAGUUAGAUUUCUUAAUCAGCUGACUUUGAGCUGACUUCUUGCACACCACAGUAUUUCAUAUCUAUUAGAUAUACAUCUUUAUUUACUUUGGUUUUCAAUAUUUUAGUCAUUAUUUCUUCAUCCCUAUUUGCUGCCUUUCCCCCAGUUUGCAGAGUGGUGUCUGGAUUAUGGUGCACACGGCUGUCGUAUUCCUGACCGACCCUACUCACUGUUUGAAGGCAAGACAUUUUUUAUUGUUGAAUUCUGUAUUCAGUAACAUGUAUAUUAUAAAAUUGUUAUAUGAUUGAAUUCAAAGCUACAUGGUUUAGUUGGACUGUAAAUUCACUUAAGCUGAUACUGGCCUGGUUCACAUGUUUUGCCAAGCCAAUCCGUGUGGAAAGGAAAUGGUUCUGCCACUGUGUUAAGUCAGGGUUUGGCUUAGUGUGCCAUCUGAACCUGGGCUUGUGCUUUGGCUCUCCCAGACAAGCCAUGAACAGUAAUCCAUAGGGCAAACCCUGCAGGGAGCACAUACAUGAGCUGAACCACAAAGUUCAGACAACAUGCUACACCCAGCUGUGGUUUAGCUCAGUGUAGCAGCAGAACUGGGAAGAGCAAAGUGUUUGAAAUCUCUUCUUCUGGAGUCCACAUGCUCACAUGUCCAUGUGUGAACCAGGUCCGGGUCUGCAGUCCUCAACAUGCUUACAUGGGAGUAAAGCCCAGUGAACACUGUGGGACUUACUCAUGAGUAGAUAUGUAUAGGGCUGCACAACAAGCCUGCUUAAUGAAAUGUGCAUGGUUCCUGCUUAAUAUUCACGGCCACCUUUUGAGUUCUACAGCCCUGUUCACUUUUCCUGUUGAAAUACGUUGCCAGAGCAACCGAAUUACUAUUGCUGGAAGAUCUGAUUUGUUCUAUGCUGUAAUCUGUUUGAAGGUCGAAUUUGGCAGAUAGGAUUAUAGAUCUCAGCAAUGUAUAGUCUCUGGGUGUUUAACUUUCUCAUAGACAUCUUACCAUGGAAACUCAAAAAUAGACCAUCGAUGCUCAGCACUGAAGGUUGUUUUCAGAAAUGACUCAUUUGCCAUCUGUUGUUAACGCAUGGAACUGCAGAAUUAUUAAAGAGGAUCCAAAGUUGUGCUGACAUUAUCACUGCAUUUCACACAUAAGAAACCUGCAUUUUCAUCCAUGGAAAUGUUCUUCAUGUCACAAAAUUAUAAUACAGAGUGCUGCAUUUCAUUAAGAUGACCAACUUUUCUUACCCAACAGUCAUUUGUGAAAAAUGGGGACUUGAGGGGUAUGUUCAAUGCCCUGUUUUUCAUACUUGGCUAAAUUAGGAUAGUUUGGUUUUACCCUAAUGCUACAGGACCACACCAAAGCCAAACGUGCUUUACAAAUGCAAAUACAGCUUUUCUCUCCAGGAUAUAAGAUGUAUCUUCUGAAUCAGUCCUGGUGAAACAGCUUGGCUGUGUGUGAUCCUCUGGCUUUCUCCUGCAGCCAUCUGAAUGUUCCCCUUGCCACCACUAAAAGCCAGUCUCCUCCCCAUUUCCUGGAGCUCACGUCCCCUGUGGCAGCCUUCUGAGAGUAGAUGCCAGUAGUGCGUCUUGUAGCAGAUACCCUGGUAGCUGUGCUCAGAGGCCAACCAUAAAGCGUGCCAGGUGCAAUCCCUUUGGAGGCACUGUGAAAGUAAUAAACAGGCAGAUCCUGCCUUCCCUUAUGGACUGGUAACUUCUGUUUUAUGUGUAUUUAAUAUGCAAGGCUGUUCCAGGGGAUCCCUUGCAGCUCUCAUGGCCAAAGGAUCCAGGCUUUCUGUCUUUGUGCUUUUUUGAACUUGGGAUUUGUCCGCUUCAGGUAUGGCAGGAGCUAUCCACUUCCUCUCCGACAUAAUUGACCCCCAGAACUCCCGCUUCCCAGCAUUUGAACUCGGCCCUCAAAGGAAAGAAAGCAAAGAGGAGCAGAACAGCUAAAUGGAAACUGGAGAUAAUGCCCAAAGCAACAUGACUGCUUAGUGCCUCAAGUGAAACUGAACCAACGUUGGGAGUCUGGAGGAAAAACUCUUUCUCGCCUGUUCUCCAAAGAACCACGCUUGUCGUUACUGCAUGAGCGAGAGAAUUCCACAUUUCAAUGUUUCAUUCUAAGAGAUGCCUUGAGCUGUGGCAGUGAUCAGGCUUAAGUUCAUUGGGACUCUUGCUUUUUCAGUUUUCACAGUUGUCCUUCCAGGUCUUUCUGGGUGUGUUUGCAUGUUCCUUGGUGUUGUCCGUAACUGUAAAGUUUUUUCCGUUCAUUGUGAAGCUGAAAACUGGUCAGUGACAUCUUGUCCUGCUUGUUUUUCUGUGCAUGGCUGUAAUGACAGCACACACCUCUCCACCGCUGAAACAGGACCUCACAUUUGGAACACUCUCUCUGCCUAUUAGCUACCAUGAAUGAAUGAGGGAGGCAAGCCCAGCCAAACGCACAGCUUGGUUGACCCUUUUCUGGACUCACAACUUCAAAGUCAUUGAACAUUCCUUCCACCCCACCCCAAGACAUCAAGAGCAUGGUCCAGUCAGAGUUAAGAACCUUUUAAAAAAAUAAAUCUCCUAUUGAUUUUCUUGAAGAGGUUAACCGUAUGAUUAAAAUUCUGCCGUUGAAAUCAGUUACCCGACGUCUGGCCAAAUUAUUCCCCAAAUCUAUCUCCCCCUGCCCACCAUGGGGACUUUUUAAGGCUUUCAAUAUACCUAAAGUGAAUCACGAAUGUUGCACUGGUUUCCAUGGGAAAAAAUUAAACAGUUACUGCACUCUCCUGUCGAGAUGCGUGGGGCUGGAUUGAGCCUCCAAGAGUGAAGCUCACUUCAAAUUAAAUAGGUGAGCAUUACAUCUUCUGUGCCUCCCACCCCUGAAAUAAGUCUACAAUGCACAUUUUCAAAAGUACUUCUAUGAGAUUUUCAGAUUUGAAAACUCUCUUAAGUGCUUUCUGAAACACAAGAUCCUUUCAAUGUAGGGAGGGGGCCAUAGACGUGCCCUAAGUAGCCCACAUAAUUCCACCAAUUUUGUAGAGGAACAUCAUCCCUUCAGUUCUUGUGCAUCAUGGAAAGUUUUCUGACAAAACUAGGCAGAGCCACACAAAAGCAGUAUUGGGUUCAGCCCCACAGUUUAGGGAAGGACUCUGGGAAAUGAAAUGGCUUACUACUGCUGUUGAAGUUUCUGAGAAGGGGCCAAGGUAUCCAGUUCUAAUUAAUAGUAAGACUGUCAAUCUCCCUGCUAGGUGACAUAGACAGUCCCAUUUUUGUUGCUUCACCCUCUGAAAGGUUGCUUUGUUGUUGUUCCUCUGUCUGAAGAGCUACAUAGUGAGUGUGUCACUCAGGCCCUGAGUCACAACUUUGUUUUGUUUACAUUUUGCUCUUCCACAUCUUCUAAAAGAAAUUUUUGACAAUUUGCAUUGCUGGGUGUACUUUUUAUAUGAGAGAAAUUUGGCUUCUUGAAUAGCUUCCAGUCACCGUUGCUGAGAAGUGAAUCCCACUUCCUAGAUAGGAUGUUUAAAGGUUGUUGUAUCAAAUUGUUCUGAGUUUUGUUGCACUGCUUUAUUCUAACAGAAAAAGGACAGCCUCUCAACAUAAAUGAGAGUGUUUUGGAAGAAGGGGUCGUGGAUUAGGGGGAAAGUCAGUUAUCACAAUGUUUUGCUGUUAAAGUUGUUUUCA